UUAGGAUUUUCGAAUCCUAUUACCGUCGACUCUGUGUGCGAGUCCUAUCCAUUCCUCGAUAUGGUGGACCACAGGCGAAGACCUAAAAUUUCACCGUCAACUGCUGUGGAUCUGCCAAAAAUAGAUGCUGUGAUUCUGUUUGGGGAACCUAUACGAUGGGAAACCAAUCUCCAGAUAAUUAUUGAUGUAUUGCUGACAGGGGGUUAUCCUGCAAGCCCCCAUCGACUCACCAGCUACCCUCAUAUUCCAUUGCUGGCAUGUAAUAUGGAUUUGAUGUGGAUGGCGGAGGCGCGCUCACCAAGGUUUGGUCAUGGAAUAUUUAUGGUUUGUCUUGAAAGCAUCUAUAAGAAGAUUACAGGGAAGGAGCUGAAGUAUGCGGCUUUAAUGGGCAAGCCUAGUGAAGUGACUUACCACUAUGCAGAAUACCUCAUCCGGACCAAAGCAGCAGAGAUGCAGUGGAAUAAGCCCGUCCAGACACUCUAUGCUGUUGGGGACAACCUAAUGACUGAUAUCUAUGGUGCUAAUCACUACAACCGCUACCUCCAGGAGAGAAAUAAUAGAAAAGACUCAAAGACACUACUGCAGGCCGGCUCUAGAGCCCGAGUCGCAACAGUUUCUCAGGAUGUAGAGGCAACAUGGGAAAGUGAGCUGUCCUGUCCCAGUGCCACACGCUGUAAGUCUGUUCUGGUUUGCACUGGGAUCUACAAUCCUCACGCUGAAGUGCCUGCUGACCCCACACAGUCAGUUACUGAAACGGUAUUUCAUGGUCACCGGGAUUUCCGGAUCGACCCAGCCUUGGUAGAACCUGGCCAUGUUGUUCCUGAUGUUAAUGCUGCAGUUGACCUGAUCUUCCAACUAGAAAAUUUUUUGCCAGCAAGUGAUAACAGGAUAUGCUAG